AUGAAGCCCCAAUUCCUCAUCUUCCUCUUUGUCCUCUACAUUAUUCUCACUUCCAACUGUAUUGUUUCAGCCACUUCUCAAACACGUUUUUUCCAACAAAAGCCCAACAACGAGACCAUACUGAGGGUCUCAAAGCAACUAUGCUGGGGUUGCUUAGGAGAGUCCCUAGAAUUUUUGUACCAACACAAUUUGGUCAGGGCAGCCAAGUGGGAGAUGCCUUUGAUGUGGGACUUUCAGCUUGAAAAAUAUGCUCAAUGGUGGGCAGGCAUAAGAAAAUCGGACUGCAAGUUGGAGCAUUCGUUCCCGGAAGGCGAGUUCAAGCUCGGAGAGAACAUAUACUGGGGCAGUGGCUCGACUUGGACGCCGAGUGACGCAGUGAAGACAUGGGCAGCUGAAGAGAAGUACUAUACUUAUGUGACAAACACGUGUGAGGCUGGGCAAAUGUGUGGGCAUUAUACUCAAAUUGUGUGGAAGAGUACAAGAAGAGUUGGGUGUGCCAGGGCGGUGUGUGAUGAUGGAGAUGUGUUUAUGACUUGUAAUUAUGAUCCGGUUGGUAAUUAUAUUGGUGAGAGGCCAUAUUAG